UUGACUGUAAAUCAAUUAGCAUCACAGUGUAAUAAUGAGUUACAUGGUGAAUUGUGAAGCCUGUUUGACUGAGGAUCAAGUCGCAGCUGGUGCAAUAUUUUGCAGAGAUUGCGGCCAGGUUCUAUGUGACAAGUGUUUGAAACAACACAGGAAAUUCAAGGGCCUUGUCGGACACACAAUCCUGGGGCUACCUGAAUACAGACACUGGCUGGAGAAGGAAUUGACCAGGCUCACAUUAUAUCAGACAGAUAUACCUGAACUACAAAACACCACUUAUCAGGACAUUGUUUCAGAUCAAAUGACACCAAUUGCCAGGCAUCAAGUUGUUUCGAAUAGUUAUCUAACUGCUAUCAAGAGUGUAGAAAACAUUACAAAGGACCAUAACAGAAGAUCAGAUGAAUCACACUUGCACAUUGACCCUGUUCAGCCUUUACUGGGAGAGCACCAUUUAGAUUCAGAGUCUGAUUUCAGAGUUCAUGUAAAGAAAUGUGAUAUUGAUCAAACAAAGACAAGGCAGACAAAUCACUUUAGAAAAAGUAUAAUAGAAUUCUUGAAACCCAACACGAAAAAGAAACACAAACUAGAGGACAAUAACGACAGACAUUAUUCGGAAACUAAUUUUGAUUCGCACGUAUAUGAGAGUGCCGAUGCCAGUGUCCAACAAGUUGAAGAUUUAUAUGAGGAAAUCUUCAAUGAUCAAAGAUCUUUUCAAUCAGUUGAAAACACCUAUGUUGAGGUGAAAACCACUGCUCUUGCCAAAAGCUUGAAACUUACUGGGUCCCGUUACAUCGGCAUCAACCAUCUUGGCAUCCACUUCAUGCGAGGAAGCAAAAAGAGAAAACAACACUCUUUCCCGCUAACCUCCAUCAAAUCAUACGGAAGACAUGGCACUAGUUCUGUAUAUUUUGACAUCGAUGGUAAAGGACACGUGUUAGUGAAACCCAAGUUCAAACACCCCACUCAGAUCCUGGAGACUUUCAGGGUGGCUAUACAACAGUGGCAGGAUGAACAGAAAUUGACCUGAUUGCCUUGCGAUAUCAAACUAAUAGAAAUUGGACUGCAGCAAAUGUUUGAGGAACAAAUUGAUAAGAGAAUCUGUAUUUAAAGUUGGGUGUAUGUUUACAAGAAAUAUUAGCUCAAUGAGCUAUUAUUAACAAUGACAUUGGCUCCAGUGCAUUCAUUGUACUUUGAAUUCCAAUUCAUGUGAAGUAAAUUUCCAGACAGGUUUUUGGUUGAGAACAUUCUAAUGAGCAAAGAACAAAGGUUUUUCCUUAUUUUAUUUAAAUACUUUCAGAAUAGGCUAAACUACAUGUAUGUCAAAACUAAUCUUGGUCCACAUGGAAACAACCCUUUUGAGUUAAAUGCAAACGUCUAAAAAAGUCUAUUCUUAAUAUUGAGAUUAAAACUAACCUUGGUUCUACAGUAAACUUAUACUUACCAGCAGUAUGUGGAAUUAAAA